CUCUUUUUUUUCCCCAGGUCGACCAUUGAAGACUGUGGUCUGUUUUGCCUCAGUCCAGUCCUACUUGACUGUCUUCCGUUCUUCUCAGAGACUUGAAGAAGUCUUGACAGACAAAAUGACGAGCGCCGAAGGCGUCGAGAAGAAAUUUGUCACUCCCCAGGGCGAGGCUGUUAUCAUCCCUGCGCCCGCCCAUGGAGAUGGCCCCCCGGCGGUUCAUCCUGAGGUCGGUACCAAGCCUGACAAGACUGCUGGUACCGAUAUCGAAGUAGCCUCCAGACCCGACACGUCUGCAGGCGAGGUCUGGGAUUUUGAGAAUUAUCCUCUGCCCACAGACGAGGAGCGCGCCACCCUCCGCAAGGUCCCCGACAAGAUUCCCAAGAUCGCCUACCUUCUCUGCGUGGCAGAGCUGGCCGAGCGUGCCUCGUACUACGCUACCACCGGUGUCUUUAGCGACUUUCUUGAGUACCCUCUGCCAGCAGGUGGCAAUGGUGCCGGUGCGCCCGACCCCAACGACUCUCAGGGCGUGGCUGGUGCCCUGGGAAAAGGUGUCCAGUUCGCCUCUGCCUUUGUGCUCCUCUUCACCUUCAUGGCCUACGUCUUCCCCGUCUUUGGCGCCUGGAUCGCCGACACGAGGCUUGGCCGCUACAACACCAUCAUGCUGGGCGCUGGCAUUGGUGCUGUAGCACACGUUAUCAUGACCGGUGGUGCUGCCCCCAGCGUGCUGCAGAAGGGCGACGGCAUUGCACCCUUUAUGAUCUCCUUCUUCAUGCUGGCUGUCGGUGCUGGUAUCUUCAAGCCCAACGUCGCCCCUACCGUGCUCGACCAGUACGUGCACCAGCGCGAGUACGUCAAGACGCUCGCCUCGGGCGAGAGGGUCAUUGUCGACCCGGAGACCACCAUCCAGCGCAUCAUGGUGAUCUACUACGGCUUUAUCAACAUUGGCGCCUUCUUCGCCCUCGCCUCCACCUACGCCGAGAAGUAUGUCGGCUACUGGCUGGCCUUUUUGCUGCCCACCAUCAUGUACACCCUCGUGGUGGUCGUCUUUGUCAGCGUGCGCACCAAGAUCGUCAAGAAGCCGCCCAUGGGCUCUGAGCUCAACGACUUCUUCAAGAUCACCAGCAUCUGCUGCAAGGAGAACAAGUUCCAGGUCUGGAAGAAGGGCUUUUGGGAUGCCGCCAAGCCAGAGGUCCUGGCCAGGAAGGGCAGGGCCGUCACGUGGAACAACAAGCUCGUCAAGGACGUCGGCCGCACCUGGGCCGCCUGCCAGAUCUUCCUGUACAUUCCCAUCUGGUAUCUCAACGAUGGUGGCAUCGGUGCCGCCCCGACCAACCUGGCUGCGUCCACCGUGCUCAACAACGCCCCCAACGACCUCCUGUCCAACUUCAACUCCCUCACCAUCAUCAUCUUCACCCCGAUCUUCGCCUACGGCAUCUACCCGACCCUCAACCGCUUCGGCAUCCACUUUGGCCGUAUCAAGCGUAUGACGUUCGGCAUGAUCCUCGCCGCUAUCUCGGGCCUGUGCGGUGGUAUUCUCCAGCUCUACGUCUACCGCUGGAGCCCUUGCGGCUACUACGCCUCCACCUGCGACGAGCCUGCGCCCAUAUCCGUCUGGUGGGAGCUGCCCAUGGUCUGCCUGGGCGCCAUCUCCGAGAUUCUCGUCAAUGUCACCUGCUACGAGAUGGCCUAUGCCCGCGCACCCCCCAACAUGAAGGCCUGUGUCUUUUCCAUCUGCCUGUUCAUGACUGCGCUGUAUGCUGCUAUUGGUGAAAUCCUGACACCUGCGAUUGAGGACCCGUACCUGGUGUGGAUCUGGUUCGGUCCCGCCAUUGCUCUCUUCGUCCAGACAGCCAUUUUCUGGUUCCGCCACCGCAACAUCGACGAGGACGCUUACAUGACCUAUGAGGACGAGGAGGACCAGACCAGCGUCGCCCCUCUGCAUGCCAACAACGAGUAUCCCACGGAGAAGGAGGCCUAUGAAUAAAUGCCAUUGCCAAGAUUCUUAAAAAGAAAAAGAAGGAAGAAAAAAUGUUACAAUACUAUUAGAACGGCAUUAGAUGCAGUAGUAGGGUGGAGAUUGCAGAUGUGUAGAUAGCAGGUUAAUGAGAUACCCUGGGGCAUUGAACUGCUCUUUUGAAGAAAACC